AAAAAAAGACGGACACCUUUUUAAAAUAAUGUAAAGGAAAGGCAAGACAUUUGCUGUGAAAGUUGUCAGUACGAAUGGGAAUAAGUGUAAUCUGACCUAAAUGGUCUGUUAUUUAAUUAGAAUAUAUCUGAAAUGACUGCAGACAUGUUUAAAGGUGAUGCACAAGCCACAUUUGGAUCCGUUUUAAAACAUGAUCUCCUUUUGCGAUUUUGAGUAAAAUCAAUAUGGCAAGUUUGGCCGAUGUUUUCACUGAGAAAGAAAGGACAAACUGGCUGAAGGCAUGGCUUGCAGUGGAUAUUGCAAAGUCUGGCUUAGAUCAGGUCGCGGAGAACGAGGCUAAAUCUGAACAUGUCAAUAUAUACAACGCUGUUUGGUCAAGUGUUCCGGCGCCUGCUGCUUGCAUUGGCUGUCAUACUGCAAACUUGCUGACAUGUCCCACACCAGGAAUAUGCAAUAAAAGAGGCGCAAACAGCUCAUGUAAGACUAUGCAUGAUACCGUAGCAAAUCAACCACGACAAUGUCCAACUAACGUGUGUAAUAAAGUGUUCGAUGAAAUUAAAAAUAUGCACAAAUAUCCCUGUCCUUCAUGGAAAAAUACAAGGGCAGAGCUAUGGGCACAAAAUCCCUGGGAAAUUGCCAAGGCGUAUUUACCUCCGGACGGAUAUAAUGGAAAGAGUUUGGUGCAAGAUACAGACUUCAAUGGAAUCAUAAAUUUUAUGAUGAACUGUAAACACUUCGACAGCAAGUUUUCAUUCCCAAUAGCUUCAGGAAAAAGCCAUCCCGCGUGUUUACUGACAAAGGCGCGUGAUAUUGGCAAGAAUGUGCGUCACUCGUCUCAGUUUAAACUCACAGACGCAGAUCUCCAGGACAUCUUCACAACACUGACUGACCUGCUGACUGACCAAACGUGUCUAGCACAUGACGUCGCAUCACAGGAGGCUGUGAAGAAAUUAGCCAAGCUGCAACAUGACGUAUUGAAGAUUACCACGGAGGAAAUUCUUCAUUUACUAGAUGCUGUUCAAGAUAAAGUUAAGGAAUAUGUUCAAGAUAAAGUUAAUGAAGUUGUUCAAGAUAAAGUUAAGGAAGUAGAAAAUGCAGCUGAGAAGAUUGUUCACGAGAUAAGGGUGUACAUGGAACUCUGUAGGGAUAAUCUCAAGGAGUACGCUGAAAAAUGUGAAAAGAAACUUGAUGAACACACUGAAAAAUGUAAAGGUGCACUUGAUGAACAUUGCCGAAAGUCAAACUACAUAUACGAGCAAUCCUGUGAAGAAUUUCGUCGACGUUUGAUUGAACAUUACAAUGACAACUUUAGCAAUGUACCUCUUUCAACUUUGGACCAGAGUCUUGAUAAGCGUAUUAUAGACAUAUACGCAACGCCUAAAAUACAUCGAAUCGAUAUAAAGAAAGAUGGUACACGCAAGAAAGAGGAACAAGUAAGUUUGUACAAAGACUUGUUUUACAAAAACGAUCAUGCAAAUAGACGCAUUUACAUACAAGGCGAACCCGGCAGCGGAAAGUCGACGUUUGCAGCUAAGUUAGUUUAUGAUUGGUGCCACGAAAGUCAGCCUUUAUCCACUGAUAAAACGGCGUUUGAUGACCUGAUUACAAUUCAGCAAUUUAAGUUCCUAUUUUUUAUCUCAUUGAGAGAUGUGAGGGGACAGAAGGAUAUAACUCAUAUGAUAAAAACCCAGCUUGUUGAUCGCAUGUAUUCCGAAGAUGACAUUCACGGCGUGUACAAACUUUUGCAAAAAAUAAUGACAUCUGAACAAUGCCUCAUAGUUCGAGAUGGCCUUGAUGAAUGGGUGGCUCCUGAUGGUUGUAAUCUAGCUGAACCAUUUAUGACGGGAUUUCAGAAGGACAAAUGCACGGUUCUUACAUCUACUCGACCAUGGAAACUGGCUGAUGAACGCAUCAAGAAUUCUCAUAUUGACAUCCUGUUAGAGAUUGAGGGUAUAAGAGAUCCGGUUAAGUUUUGUGAAAAUAUUAUCGGAUGCAUAAUUGACGAGAGCAAGGAUAUGGACAAUACUGUGUCGGAAUUUCAAAAGUUUGUGGAAAAUUGUAAGCUAAAAUCGUUGUCAUCUUCACCGAUGUUGUACGUGCUGGUCAUCUGUACGUGGGUAGGCAAGACGAAAGAAGAGGUAAAUUUGAAAGAAUCUUCCGUAUGUGCAUUAUACACUUGUUUGAUUGAAAGUCUAUGUAAAAAGGCUAACAGUACACAUGGUUAUUUUAAUGAUUCAAACCCUCCUCCCGUAGAGUGUUUUUCUAGUACAAGUUACAUACAGCCAAACAUUGAAUGCUUAGAAAAGCUCUCUGGUGCAGCUUGUAAAUUGUUGUUCUCAUCUGAGAAAGAAACAUCUAUUGUUUUUAAUGACAUUACGUUGUCGAACUAUUUUUCUCGGAAAGAGUUCCCACUUUGCAAGUCAUUUGCUCUUAAGGCAGGAAUAUUAACAAACAGGAAAGAUAAAAGUCGGACAGGAAGCUCCAACUCGUUCAUUCACAAAACUGUGCAGGAAUUCCUCGCAGCAUAUUAUAUCGCACGCAAUACAAGCGUCAUCGAUGACUUAAUUGUCGGAUAUCUGAAACGCUACUAUGACUCAUAUUUUGAUAUAUCACAAGUGUUCGUAUUCCUGUGUGGAAUGAACACCGUUGCUGCAAAUGCCUUGUCAGUUUUGAUGAAAGAAUGUCACGUUGCUCUUAACAAUUGUUCCGAGAGGAGCAUCUUCGGGCCCUGUAAGUUUCAGGAAAUAAUUGAGGAUGGAAUCAGGGAGGCAGCAGCCAACAAACAAGAUGGUAUAUUCCCGAAACUCAGUCACUUUUACAUUUCUGUGAACAACAUUCGAGAUUUACAUCGGGUCUGGUCUGCGAACGCCUCCGAUGUCGACUCAUUGAUUGUAGAUAUCAUACGGAAGUUACAUAUUCUGAGUUCACUUGUACUUGACGAGUCUAAAUCUCAUUUUGAGUUUAACCUGCUGUCGUGCCACAAGCUGAAAUCAUUGUCGCUAUGCGGAGAGUCAAUAUGGCUUAAAGAUUCUGCCAGUUCUGCCACAUCGACACUUCCGGUUUGGUUUGUUCUCAACAAUGUACAGCCAGCACAGUGUGGAGACCCUAUUCGAGUACUGCCCGACAUACAAUCAAUUGAUCUAACAUUGAUUACAUGUUCCUCUUCCUGGCUACGGAGUCUGUUCAACACGCUGCUGACACUCGAUCAUGAGGUGACGUGUUUGCUAGAAAGUUGUUUCAUAACCUCGUCUUUAGAUGACUUUAUCGCUACAUUUUCAACGGCUACAAUAAGGACGGGUUUAAACAAUAAAUUCCACCUACGUAUAGAUACGUUCGGACGCAAUUUUUGGGAGUCCCUACAUGGCCUAAAAAUCAAAUGGCUGCAUGUUAAUAUACUGAAUGCAUACUGUACUGAACAUGUUUCAGUGUCGUUGUCGCUUAGGUCACUCACACAGCUGGAAACGCUUACUAUUAGAGUUGAUUCUAUCAGUCCCAAUUUGUGGGAGGCUUUGCACAGUCUGAAUAUCAAGAGUGUGACUCUAGGUCAGAAAGGAAAGUGGAGUGGUGCGAUAGUAAAUAAUGUAUCGAGGUUGUCGCUGGUUCUCCAAGCACCCAAACAGAUGGAAACGAUUUGUAUUGACGUAAAUGCACAUCCCGAUCUUUUAGAUGCUCUGUAUGGUCUGAAUAUAAAGACCCUCUGUCUAUGUGCUAGUGACGAAAAUCUGAAAGUGAAUAAUGUAUCGGCGUUGUAUAAGUCUCUUUCGUCGCUAAAACAGCUUGAAAGGCUUGAUGUGAUCGUGAAAAAAUACAGUCCUGGUCUGUGGAAAGCCCUCAAUGGUUUGAAUAUUAAGACUCUUAGUCUGCGUGGUGAGCGGGAUAGUUUGAGCAUGAAACAUGACUCGGCAUUUGCACAGUCACUAGAAUCGCUCACUCAGCUACAAACGCUAGGUAUAGAUUUGUAUGAAGACUGUCGCGGUCUAUGGGAGACACUCUGUGGUCUGAAUAUCACGUGUCUGUGUCUGAAUUGGAGAGGUUGGAUAGAAAAAGUGGAUCAUGUAUCGUCGUUAGCGCACUCACUAGCAUCGCUCACGCAGUUAGAAAAGCUUAGUAUCAAAGUGCCCAGUAGAAGUCGCGGUCUAUGGAAGGCUCUCCGUGGCCUGAAUAUCACGUGUCUAAGUCUGGGUAUUAAGGAAAGCUUUUUCUUAAAGGAUAAUGUAGAGUCAAUGUCGCUGUCACUAUCAUCGCUAACACAGCUGGAAACGCUUAGUAUCAAAGUGCCAGAAGACAGCACAGAACUGUGUCAGGCUAUCCAUGGUCUAAAUAUCAAUUGUUUGAAUCUGAGUGGUUUUUCUGAAGUUUUUAUGCUUUUUCGUGAACAAUUCUUAGGUAAGUCACUAUCAUCGUUCUCACAGCUGGAAAAGCUUACAUUAUGCGUUAAGGUAUAUACAGCCCUACCGCUUCCUAAAUCAUUGAAGUAUUUAAAUAUCUACUGUGAGUUAAUUGUAGCAUUGAACUUUCGCAAUUUUGUUGAAACACUGUCUGCAUGUACUCAGAGCCUUGAGAUUAAACUGGAAAUAGCUUGUACUUCAGAGAAAAUGCCGUGUUUACCAAUGCAGACAUACACUUCCAUCCAUCAGGAACUGGAGAACAUGGAACAUGUUAAAGUGACAAAAUUUGUGAUUUAUACCCGGAAACCCUUGAUAUUAACAGAAACUGAUUCUAAUUUGUUGGUUCAAAACGUUGUUGUUGGCGUUGAUGGUAAUCGUAAUGAUGAUAUCGGUGAUGAUGAGCUUUAUAAACGAUUUAUUGACCAUAUGGAUGAGUUGGAUCGUAUUUCUGUGAGAUUUCGUAUAAACUAAGAUCAAGUUUCGAUCUUCCAUUAAUGAAAAUAUUUGUACAUACAACUGCAAAUUUUAAAUACAACAUAAACAUGUAUUUGUUAUCGCCCAGAUCUGUUUGAGAUGCUUUGUAUAUAACCAAAUGCAUCUAACCAGCAUUUAUAUUUGUUUCAAUAUUGCAAUUUGUAUUUAGGCUCUGUUUUGCGUAUCGGUAGUUUGUGAUAACUAAUUGUUGCUGAUAUUUAUGAGGACUACAAUAUUGUAUAUCAUCUGAGCACAUGAUUCUUAUGUGGAACUUUUAGGAUAACGUGUUUGUGUCGUCAGUCAGUCUGUGCAUGCGUGCGUCGAUAAGCUAUAACUUCUUAACGAUUUCCCGUUAUUGAAUCGCUGGGCAGAUUUUAAGACAACCUAGUGCCUCAGUCACAAAUAAUCCGGUCGCCGGCAGACGUGUCCGAUCUUCAGGCAUCGGGAAGACUGGACACAUCGGAGCCGUUCGCCGUCCGAUGAGUGACACAGUUUAAUACAUCAGUCAAAAUAGAGACCGAUCAACGUCCGAUCAGCGGACGACGUAUUUUUCCGAUCAUCGCGCUGGCGCCCGGCCUACGAUCGCACGGUCACCGGGUCAUUUGUAGCAUUGGGCGGCGUCUGGAUUAAUUUUCAGUCUCACUUAAAAUUUUACACGUCGGGCUAGGGAAGGAAUCGAGUUGAGAGCGAAAAAAAAAUCGAACGAUCAACGCAUGGAUGUCGCCCGGCGAUCGCCCGACAUCGUAUUCGUUGUACGUUUAUGGUGACGAGCUCCGUCCGGCGUCCGUCAGUCAUCAUCCAGAGGCCCUCCGGCGAUCAGAAGGUCGCAGGUCAAUGUAUAUGUUCCUGUGAAAUAUCUUGAUUUUUUGCCGAUACACGUACAAUGAAUCCGAUUUUCUACCAAUCUCUCUCCAUAAACUUACGCCUGAUCAUCUAGUACGAUCACAAGCGACGACCAGAUGUUCUCAACUCACUUGAACGACCUACACAUUAUGUGCUUUUCAUACAUCGGAUGUUAAUAAUGCAUGUACUUUCAAGCAGGGGAUGAUAUUAAAUUAAGACUGUUAUAUGUACAAUGUAUUCUCGUAAUGGUCAUUUGUUAAGUUGCAAUAGUAAAUUCUGCUCAAGUGGUCAUUGUCGGCUCAGGUACUGCCUCAAAAUACCACGGGUAAACUUAAAAUACUGCACAUUAUCCGAAGUACAUAGAAUAAAUACUGAUCAAUACAACGGAGUAUGGUCGGGUGCCUUUAAGCAUAUUUUCCGUACAAUAUGUACAUUGUAGUAUACUGUAUUCGGGGACCUUUAUAGUAGCCGACAACGACCUUUUGAGACAACCACGAUUGGUCACUUUUACCUUAGGUUCUACUUAAGAAUACACUGAAUACUCUUCAGUAUGCUACAAAGUACCGGGGUACGGUACAUAUACUAAAAGUGUCCCGGAGUAUGUCCGGAUGCCUUUAAGCGUAUUUUCCGUACCCGGAGUACAAAGUAGUAUACAUAAUAGUACCCGGACUACUUUUAAGUACUACCUGACGGUCAUUAUGGGUGGUAUCCCUCGAUCGAGCUUUUGCUUUCACAAAGCAGUAUCAGUAAAAUGGAAAUAUAUGUAAAUUUGUUAGCUGUAUGUGUUUAUUUGCCAUAAUAAUAGUACUAAUUUCUUUGUUAUUAGCUCGGUGGUUUUCGGAGAAAACCCGAGGUAUUGUCAUAGCCAGCUCGUCGUCCGGCGUCUGCCGUCCGGCGUCUGAAGUCCGCCGUGCUAAAACCUUAACAUUGGCUAUGAAAUCAAAGUGCUUCCACCUACAACUUUGAAACUUCAUAUGUAGAUUCACCUAAAUGAGUUCUACACGCCACAUCCAUUUUUGGGUCACUAGGUAAAAGGUCAAGGUCACUGUGACCUUUAAAAAAAUAAUUCUGACAAGCUUUCAUUUAUUCAA